AUGCGCUCUCAAUCGCCCACCCCGCAUCCCAACCAAGUCCGGUCCGCCUGCGAGCGCUGCCGCCGCCAGAAACUCCGCUGCUCGCGUCCGGCCGCCGCCUCGGCCUCUUGCGCGCGAUGCGCCCGGCUCAGCCUACCGUGCCAGCCGGGCCCGCAGCGUCGCAUCGGCCGGCCUCUGAAGAAGGACCUGGUGCUGCGGAAAGCCUCCGGUUCUUCUGACACGGCCGUCAGCCUGGAUGUGCUGGCCGACAGUUGCCCGGGCGGCGAGAUACAGUUCCUCGAAGGCCUUCUCGAUGAUACUGUGCCCGCCACCGAGUGGACCACGGCGUUUAACUCACAGUUUGGCUCCGGCUGCUCUGAGACGGUCGGCUUUCCGUUGGAGAUCUGGUCUCCCAUCCAAGAACUGGAGCUGCCGUCCUACGAGCACCAGCUGAUCCUGCCAACCAACACCCACUUCGAGGCACUGUCGCGGCUGAACGUGGACAUUCGCAAGGGCUUGGAAAACAUAACGCGCUUCGCAGUCCAGCCAACCUUUGAAGACUUCAUUUGCACGCCUCACACCGACAUGGACGGCUACAAGAAUGUCCAGUUGCUCAUGACGAAUGGCCAAGCAUUCUUAGACAUCAUCAUGGCUCUCCACCGACAGCUCGGCACCCGGUCCGUGCCGAGGCAAACGCGUCCCCCAUCUCCGAAUCCCUUCGCUUUGGCGCUGGACUCUUGUUUCACCACGCCAGCGAAGCCUUCAUCAACUGAAACCACCCCUGAUGAUGAUCUGCCCGAGUCCACCACACACGACGCCCCAACCAUGCUCCUCGUCAUCUCCUGCUACGUCCAGCUCAUCAAGCACAUCGAGAUACUCCUGGAUAUCGUAUACGCAUCCAUCAACGACCCGAAAUCAAGCCCCAUCGGCCGCGCCCCCAUGAGUUACGCCGAUGUGCCCAUUGUUCAGCCGUCAUCCCAGUUCAUCCUCUUCUGCGAGCUGGUCUGCCAUGUUGUUGCGCAGAUCAACCUCGUCCUAGGGCUCCCGAGCGCAUGGUCUGGUCGAAGCGCCUGGACCGGUUUGUUGCGCCCUCAGAGGUAUCGGAACCUGGUGAAUGCCGAGUUGGGUGCCGUGGAUGGAUCAUGGACAACACGUCCAGCAAAGGUGUUGGAGAAGACGAAGAUGACAAAGGAAAUGUUUGUCGAGCUUGCCAUGAUGGGGCUUGAUGCAUGA